GUCGAAAUUGAUUGAAAUUGAUUGAAAUUGUCGAAAAGUCUAAAACUAUGUUUAUGUAUUUUUAAUUAAAUUUCCUAUUUACCAUUACUUCCAGUCUCUUUAUGAAUUACAAGAAAAGUUAGGGAAUUAAUCAAACCCAUAUGUAUAUAGUAAACAGCAUUCACGUAAAUUGUUUAAAAAAUGUAUAAAGAUCUACUUAUCACAUUUUUGUUGAUUUUGCCGCAUUAUGUGGCUCCUGAAGAGAGUGCCGUUUAUGAAUAUGGACCUGAUAAUUUUAAGCAACAAAUCGAGGAUAUGGAUGGGAAUUUUAUUAUGUUUUACGCGCCAUGGUGUCGGCAUUGUACAGAGUUUUAUCCCAUUUGGUCCGAAUUGGGAGAGCUUAUCAACACGAAAGAUUCAAAGUUUGCCAUCGCCCAAGUAGAUUGCACGAAGCAUUUUAAACUGUGCCACGACAAUGAUAUCACAGGCUACCCAACACUUCUAUACUUCCACAAGAACUCGUUCUCACCUGUAGAGUAUAAGCGUACAAGAGAUUUGCCUUCCCUGACCCUUUUCCUUAGUGAUGUGUUCACUUUAAAAUCAGAGCAGGCCCCAGAUAAAGAAAAACAAACAGGUGUUAAAAUUUACAGCGGCGUGGCAUAUCUAAACGACCAGAACAUAGAGAAGUUUGUGUCAAAGGGACAACAUUUUAUUAUGUUCUACGCGCCGUGGUGCAAGGCCUCACAGAGGCUAGCGCCGAUAUGGUCGGAUUUGGGAGCUCAGUACGCACAUAACGAGUACAUACAGAUUGGCAAAGUGAACUGCUUGGACAAUGAGGUUACUUGCAGAAACUUUGAUAUCAAGCAGUACCCGUAUUUAUUGUGGAUCGUCAACGGCAGAAUAAUGGGUGUAGCAGAGGUCGAUACUUUGGACGAGCUAAAACUCUAUGUGGAGAAGAUGCUGCUAGCAGAGAACCAUGACCCGAAAAAGUUUAUGAAGAAGAAGAAGGUUCUCCCGGUUGCCAGGAUCUCUGAAGAGACUUUUGAAACAUUUAUGGAGAAGGACUUGGUUUAUGUCAACUAUUUUGCUCCAUGGUGUGCACACUGCAUGCAGCUGAGCCCUCUAUGGCUGCAGCUCGGCGAGCGCUUCCAGAACGAGAGUCGCGUGCUCAUCGCUGACGUGGACUGCGCGCGCUCCAAGACCAUCUGCGAGAUGGAGAAGAUCAACGGCCUCCCAACGUUAAUCUUAUACAAGAACAAGAAGAUAGUGAACGUCGGCAGCGGUGGCAGGUCCCUGGAAAGUCUCAUAUCGAUGGUGAAUGAACACCUACAUGAACCGGCCACAGACAACGCCACUCCUGAGCCAAUACAGGACAAAGAUGAACUCUAGAACCUGUACCUACUGUUGGCGUCCCAAGCGAGUCAUUUAAAAAGUUUUCGAAAAACCGCCACUGUGGUUUGCACUGCAUCUUUUUCAGUCUGGCUAUUAGGGCGCAUAAAAUCCGCCAGUUAAAUUUUUUUAAGACUUUCAUGCACCCGGUAACAUUCGCGCCAUCAAGACUAAUAAUAAUCUAAUGACAUAUCAUUUAUCAAAAUCGGUCGAGCCGUUGAGUAGUUCCAAGCGGACAUAGGACGGACAUACAUACGUACAUACAUACAGGUCAAACACAUAACCUUCCUUUUGGGCUUUUUGCCGAAGUCGGCUACUGGAGCUCUGGGGUCUUACUAUACCACUUAAUUAGUAGUAUUUCAAUAUUGUUUUGAAAUUUUCGUACAAGUCUUGUAUGAAAAUGUCAAAACUACAUUGAAACAUUUACUACUUUAAGUGGUAGAAGUAGGGCCCCUGUAGACUUAUGGAUGCCCGGGAUUUUUAAACAAAAAUCCACGCGGCCGGGAUCAAUUGCCGGGAUAAAAAGCAGCCUAUUUACGUGAGUGACACGGGCUACUUUUUAUCCCGAAAUUCAAAGAGUUUCCACGGGGUUUUUUAUAAAAUCCAGACCCACGCGGAGGAUGUCGCGAGCUAGUAGAAAAAAAAAUAUAUAUAUCCCUCUCUAUUGUCGUCCAGAGCUCUUUUUCCCUGAAACCAGAAACCUGUAAAUUAGUUCGGUGCAUCAGUGCGUUCGUUUAUAUUCGGACUACGGGAGAAAAUGGCGCCGAUUCUGUUGGCUCUCUCUAAACUAAAUUUUGAGUAUUUACAUUAUACAUCUUUUUCUUUUUAUUAUUGCUAAAAAAAAGGACGGAACAUGAAUUUUCCAUUUAAAGUCUAAAUUUUAGUGC